CAAAACUCUGCCCCGCCCACCAGGAAAUCACAGGUUAGUGUGUGCAAUGCGGAAUGAAAAUGUCCUUCCAAACCAGGAGAAAGCAACAAAAAUGAACAACAUGUCAAUGCUGUGUUUCUGGAUGAGUCCUGCUGAUCUCCAGACCAGAGGACAGAACUGAACUUCCAGAAUCUGUUUGGAGUGACUCGGAUGUGAAGGCAUCUGCAGGUGGGAGGGGCGGAGCUGAGAUGUCAAUCAGAAGUGCGGAGGGCAUGUCCAUCAUGCAGGCCUUAGCCAUGACAGUGGCUGAGAUACCUGUGUUCCUGUAUUCCACCUUUGGACAGUCUAUAUUCUCUCAGCUGAAGUUGAGCCCUAGUCUAAAGAAGGUGCUGUUUGCCACGGCUCUGGGCAGCGUCGCUCUGGCACUGACCGCACAUCAGUUAAAGAGACGGGGCAGGAAGAGGAAGCAGGCAGUCAGUAAAGAAGCGCAGAAACCUGUGGGCAUCCCAGAACAGCUGCUCCGAACUAGCCGGCCAGCCUCGCUCAAGAGAGGUCCGGUUCCAGGGCGUCAGAUGAUGAGCCCCAGCACCCGCAGUAAUGACACUCUCAGUGGCGUCUCAUCUCUCGCUCAGAGCAAACACUCGAGCUCUUCACACAGCAUCGCCUCUAUGCGAGUCCCCUCCUCUCCCAACCAAUCGGUGAACACUGGGAUGGCGUGGGAGGCGGAGCCAGUGGCAGAGGAGCCGGGAGUCGGAGAGGAUGCCAAUGCUGAGAAUCUCUAUCUCAUGGGGAUGGAGCUGUUUGAGGAAGCCCUGCGCAAAUGGGAACUUGCUUUAAACAUCAGGCACAGAGCUCAUUCCCAUGCAUCUGGAUCAAACAGUCUCGCCGCGCAAGGAUCAGAACUCGUGGAGCGUCAUUCGCCUGAGCUUCACAAUCAUCAGUUUGCGGAGAAGCUUGAGACUCUCCUGCACCGAGCCUAUCAUCUACAGGAAGACUUCGGCAGCACCAUACCGCCUGAAAGCCUCCUCGCUGACCUAGAGAGUGAAGCGACGCUGAUCCUGCCCACAAUAGGGAGUUCCCAUCCCAUCCAAGAUGACGAUGCCAUGACAGUCACGUCGGAUGACUCAUUUUUCUCUGCUGCUGAGCUGUUUGAGACAUUCUCUCUAGAGGACACAUAUCAUUCGCUCAAGCCGGCAGCGUUGUAUGAGGAAGCCCUGAGUUUGGUGAAAGAUGGAAGCGUGGCCUGCAGAUCACUGAGAACUGAACUUCUGGAGUGCUACAGCGACCAGGACUUCCUCGCCAAACUGCACUGCGUUCGCCAGGCCUUCCAGGUGCUGCUGCUUGAUGAGACACACAGGAUGUUUUUCAUGGAUACAGGGAAGCAGAUGAUAUCGGGACUUCUGGCCAAAGCCAACAAGAGUCCAAAGGCGUUUCUGGAGAGUUAUGAAGACAUGCUGCAGUACACACAGAGAGAAGAGACGUGGCCCGUCACCAAGAUGGAGCUGGAAGGACGAGGGGUGGUCUGUAUGAACUUCUUUGACAUUGUGCUGGACUUUAUCCUCAUGGAUGCGUUUGAAGAUCUGGAAAGUCCUCCGUCUUCAGUGGUCGCUGUUCUAAGGAACCGAUGGCUGUCGGACAGUUUCAAAGAGACGGCAUUGGCUACAGCCUGUUGGUCUGUGCUAAAAGCCAAAAGGAGGUUGUUAAUGGUUCCCGAUGGUUUUAUCGCCCAUUUCUAUGCCAUCUCUGAACACGUGAGUCCAGUUCUGGCUUUUGGGUUUCUAGGCCCCCGACAGCACCUCAGUGAGGUGUGCACCAUAUUCAAGCAACAGAUUGUUCAGUAUCUGAAGGACAUGUUUGACCACGAUAAGGUGCGUUUCACGUCCGUCCCGUCUCUGGCUGAAGACAUCCUCAGUCUGUCCCACAGACGGGCGGAUAUCCUAGUGGGAUACCUGGGCAUUGACAGUCUACCUGAGACUAAUGGAGCUUUACCCAAGAGCCCCAGCCAAGCCAACAGCGAGCAUCCGGACGCCAGCGGACAGCAGGACUGAGGUGCACAAUCCUAAUCUAGACCUGUUAGUUCUGAAAGAGACCAGAAUAUACGUCUAAUUAGCUAUUCGUCAUCGUCGACCAAUCAACAGGACUAUAAAGUCUUCACAGACCUGCAGUCAUUUAAAUGAUCGAUUACCACUACUGACUCAACCGAGGCCUUUUUUUGAUCAGCUUCAGCAAAUUUGCCAUCAAAUGUCCGUCGCUGCUUUUUAGACACUUUCGUUUUAAAAACCCGGAUGCUUAUGACUGAAUAAAACCAUCUUUUAGCCAAACUUGGAGCUCUUCUGAAUCAAACCCCCAACCAACCAAUGCCUCAUGUCUAAACUAUAGGUUUUAUGGGUCGCUUUGCAGAUUUUUUUUUUUUGUGUGUGAACGUGUCGUUGAGCGUUUAUCUUUGUGCCAGUGGCCAAAAAAAGUCUUGCACUGAAUCUUGGGUAGCACUGAACACAAUGAAGAGAGAAUCGAGAUAGAUUUAUGAACUUUAGUAUAAAUCUCUCAGCAGUUUGAGAGCGUUUCGAAGAGAGACUCACACAGGAAGUGCAUCAUUCAAGAGUAAAACAGGAUGUAGUGGUCCGGGUCGCAUUAGAUGAGCUCAUUUGUGUCCUUUGAGAGCUGCUGCAACCUUUGUGGUUUGUUCUGUUAAUUUUAAGAGACACUGCAUUUACUCUCACCUCACAAUAUUAGUCACAGUGUUCAUCAGAGCGAUAUUUAAGAUGAUAUAUUUUUCAUGAUUUAUACAACUUGUGUUUGUCUAUCAUCCAUAUUCAGGCUUCCUCAUGGAGUCACUGUUUGUCUGCAGAUAUUCAUUAUGUAUUAUAAAUUCAGUACAGCAGGGUCAAAUAGGUCACAGUUGUAGAGCACAAUUAGGCGAGUAGAAAUCAUCAAUGCUUUAACUUCGAGCUGAGUUUGUGAACCUCUAUCAACAACAUCUGUGCCAUUUUGAUUAUUUCGUUGAGUUGAUUCUGUAAAAACAAAUAAAAACAUGAUGCAAACUGUUGGGAAAAUUACCUCAAGGUUCAACUGAAGUGGAUUUUUACUCUAUAAAAUAUUAUAAUUAAUAUAGUAUGCAUUUUUACUAUGGCAGUGGCACAGAUGCCAUUGAUAGUUGUAUUCAACCCGUGAGGAAAAAGUCAAAACAAGCAACCAAACAGCAUCUUUCAGGUCUUUUGAUUGGUCAAAUGUACAGUCAAUGAAUUUUACUUGCAAAAACAUACAUUAGCAAGCAAAAUGAGCUGAUAAAAGCACUAAUAAUUUUAGAAAAGAAGGCAAAUCUUAGUCAUUUUAAACUGAAUAUGCAUGAAAUGCCUACAACAAUCUUCCAAAUUGCUGAGCCUUUACAAAACUUGACCAUGUUCCUUAACUGUGCAAAUUAGGUGUUAGGAUCAUUAUAGUGCUUCUUUCCUCCUCAUGUAUACUAUUUAAAACUGGUUUCACCAGUGUUGGGUGUCUUGCACUUUAUUUGUUAAAAAAAGAAAUAUACAGAUGUUCAUUUUCUCUAUUUUUAUCAAAAUAUAGAGUUGUUAACUAGCAUAUAUGUAGUGCAUUUGUAUUUUUUGUUCUGUUUUGUCAUUCAAUUUAAUUGUGUUGGACAGAUAUGUAAUUUUAUAUGAAAACAAAUGUAAAGGUAUUUAAAAUAUUAAGGUGCAAAUGUUGAGGAAAGUGAAAAAAGACAUUGUUUGAAGUAUGUAGACAUUAAGAGGUUAUGAGUGAUUGGUUGUGCCUCUGUUGUUAUCAGUAUAUUUUUUGCCUUUAUUAAAUGUGCUUCGAAUACACAAGCGCACACCGCCGCUUCAAUUAAAAUCAUAAUUGUGACCCAAAACUAGCUGCACCAACUUGGAUGCAAAGAUAUAAUUCUUAAUAAACACACAUUUAUUGGCCUGAUUGCUAUGAAUUAUCAUUAAUUGGAUAACCAAAAUUGUGCACUUCCAAUUUCAUCAUCAUAAAUGGGUUUUUCCUAUUUUUCAGUGUUCAAAUGUGAAUUUGUAGAAAUGUCUAAUGUAGAUAAGCAUGCAUUAGUGCAACACCAGUCUGAAGGUAUAAGUGAGAUGGAAAUAUUUGAUUGAUUUCAUAUCAUUCCAUUGAUUUAAAAUUCCCAAAACGCUGUUUAAUCUGCAUGAGCUUGGGUGAAGACAUCAUGAAAUAAUGUUUUGACCUGUGCUGCUACAUCCCUGUACUUUUUAGCUGUUAAAGCUCUGAAACAGUCACUCAUUGUGUCCGUGUCCCAUCUUUGAAUCGCAUUGGUCCAUCUGAAGAUCAUUGAUAUUUGAUGUGAUUAUUAAAGAAUCACCAGUGUGCUAAAAGAGUUACUGACUGAUAGUAACAGAUACUCUGAUUUUUAUAUUAAGUUAUGGUACAAUUUCUGAUAGAUGUGCUGUUUCUCAUGUAAUGACUGUUUCAUAACAAAGCACCAAAUUGAAGAGAAAUGAAGGUGAGGUAAAUAUGGAAUUGUAUGGGAUGUUUUCAUUGAAGGGGUUUGUUAUUUUGCACCCGGAUAAUUCACUUAAAUAACACAAUGGUUUAUGUUUAAAAUGUUUUAGCUAGAAUUGGGUGUCUAUUAACGAUGGCCAAAGAGGGUGGAAAGCAAAUCAAGUCUUUUUCGUUGAAAUAUUUGCUUCGUGUGUUUGUUCUUCACUUGCCUUUGUGUGUGUGUGUGCUUUUUUUUCCCCCCUUGAAUGUUCUUACAAAUUAAUGUUGUUCUCUUCAUUGUUUUAGUUUAUUAUUGAAAACUGUAUUGUCGUUUUGCCUUCCCUAGCCAACAUAAAGUCUUUCUUUUUUUCUAUCUGUC